AUGGCCCACAGUGAAGAGGACCGCUCGCGCGGGGGUGACCGGGGGCCGGGUGGCGGUCCCUGCCUGCUCUGUUCUCCUGCAGCUGCUAGGCAGACUGGCCCUCUCCCUCCCUCGACCCCAACGCAGCACGCGAGCACAGCGCAGACACGCCCGUCCCCGCGUGUCCCAGCUCACACCUCCACUCCCAUGGCCGACGACACAAGGUCCCGCGCACGCAAGAUACAUCGCCCCAUCUUCAUCGUCGCAAAUCCGGGCAGCGGCGAAGACGACGAUGGAGAGCAAGCGCAAGCCUACGCCCCGCGCGCGCAGAAACACCCCUACAACCCCCAGCCCAGCCCCACCCUCACGUCCCCUCCCCCGGACAGAGCCAUCCACCCCUCCGCCUCCUCCUCGUCCCACCGCGACCCUGGCCCUCUCACAACCACGAACCUCCCCAGCCACUCCCGCCACCACCCUGCCUCCAGAUCCAACCCCACCCUCUCCUCCCCCUCGGGCACGAGCUCACCGCCCCCCACAACCCCCGGCCAGUCCGCCCCGCCCGGCGAUCUCGUGGCAGACGCUGCGGCCAGACACGACUUUGCUCCCAGCUACUCCACAGACGCCCUUCACCAGCAGCACUCGUCCCACUCCAUCUCCAACAAAUCAACCUUCCUGGACAAGAUGAAGGCCAACAUACACCAUCCCUUCGCACACGGCCGUCGUCUCUCCAGCAGCAGCAGGCCAACCACGUCCCCGACAACCUCCACCUCCGACACCUAUGCCACCCGCUUCCCCAACGACUCCUCCCGGUCCAGCCCCCUCGACAAGGUCCUCAUCUUUGUCACCGGCGAUUCAGAUCAGUACUACACCGUCGACAUCACCGGCUUCAGACACGGCGCCUUCAUCAAGGAGCUCGUCUUUUCAAAGGUGCGUCGCCUCUCGUCGUCAUCGCGCCCCGCGUCGCGCCCGGCUCGGCUCGGCUAG